AUGAGCAUCGUCAGAGAUCUUAUGAAGCGUUUUCCAACGCGACUGGUUCGAACAGGCUUUGGCUACGGCUCAUCAGUUUUUCCGCAAAAAGGGAAUGAUGGAAAAGAUCGGCAAAUCGACAUGAUCCUCAUUGUCGACGAUGUACAGGAAUUCCACAAAACAAAUAUGAAGAUCAACAAAAGGGACUACUCGUAUUCGAUGCGAUUCGGAGGGCCAGAAAUUGUCACCAGCUUCAACAAACGAGCGGCAGGGCUGUUUUUCAACCCUUUUGUAGAAACAGAUCUUGGGGUAUUGAAAUAUGGAGUGAUUUCCACUGAAAGAGCGGUCGACGACCUUGAAAACUGGACAUCUUUGUAUCUUUCUGGCAGACUUCACAAGCCCGUCAAAUUCUGUACGCCUCAGCAUCCAGAAAACUCAGCAUUAGAUCUGUCCCAGUCCCUUCCUUCCAUCGAUGAUCCGAUCGGUCGAGCAUUACGACUGAAUCUCUACUCCGCCAUUCGAACAGCAAUUAUGCUCAAUCUUCACUCGUAUCACAGUAAAUCCACAACGCUGGACGAUGUCCUGCUCAACAUCUGUAAAUUAUCAUACACUGGCGAUAUCAGAACACAGGGAUUUGAAGAUCAACAGAAGGUAAACAAGAUUUUUGAAGGAAGCUACGACAAUUUAAAGCAACUCUACGAACCAAGAAUAAAUGAAAUGACAGGCCUUGAGUACUCAAAUGGCAAGAUCGACAUCGACACUUCCGCUGCAGUGAUCACCAAACAAGUCGAAAACAUGCCAAGCGCUUUGUAUCCCCUUAGAAUAGCGGAUCUAGCGCCUUACGAUCAUAUUUCUAUGAAGCAAUAUUUAUCCGAAAGAAUUGAGGAAAUCGUGAAAAGCUCCUCGACUUCCCAAACAACUUUCAAUGCAAUAACCGCCGGACCUUCAAAAAGCAUACGAUAUGCUUACGCAAAGCUUAAAAAAGCGCAGAAAUCAAAACAGAAUUAA